ACAGUUCAGCAACCUUCGCCAGGGCCCCACAUCCUGUGGUGGAACUACUCUGCAAUGUGUCCCUCACUGACUCAACCAUGCUUCUGGACACUGCAGAUACUCUUGGUGUCAAAUCUUCUUCUGUGCGAGAAUGUGGCCUCUGUACCCACAAUGGGCAGUGGAUCAGGCAUUAGUGAAAUGCUUACCGAAGACCUUUUUGAUGAUGCCAUCAUACUGUCCCAGCACAUCAAUGGCCUAGCUAUAGAAACACGCAGGAUAUUUAUAUCCAGUAAUUUCUCAUCAGACAUGUUCAUUACAUUUACAUUACAAUUUAACAGACAUGAUGAAUUUGUUGUCAAUGGUCUCAACAGCUGUCACACUUUGUCACUCAAAACACCAAAAACAGAAAAGGAAGCCAAAAGGAUCUCACUGUCAGACUUUCUGAAAAUGAUACGAAGUAUACUGCGUGCCUGGGACAACCCUCUGUAUCACAUGGAGACAGAACUAAAGAAUAUGCCAGGAGCCCCUUUUGCGAUUCUUGCAAGAGUCAAAGAUAUUGAGGUAAAAAAUAAAAUCCUUCUGGAUCGCAUCAUGAAGAUUGCUAAGAAGGUUAAACAUGAAAUUGAAGAAAAUGAAGAGUACCCUGUUUGGUCAGAGCUUGCAUCCUUACAGUCAACCAAUGAAGAAUCAAGAUUUUUUGCUCUUUAUAAAUUGUCCUAUUGCCUAUUUGUUGACACAGAUAAGGUUGAACAUUAUCUUAAACACUUGAAGUGUCGGUAUUUUGAUGGUUACAUGUGUCAAGAUCCAGAAAACCAAAUUAAUCUUCAGUAAUUUAUUUCUCCCACGUUUCUUUUAAUUUUCUCCUUUUUGAAACUAUCCUGUUAUGUAACACAACCCUUCAUUAAAAAAAAUAAAUGAUUUAGAUAUAUCCAAAU